UGUCCCUGGCAUUCUGUCACUGGGAAUAGCUAUUUCACAAUAUAUAAGGCACAACUCAAGUUGUUGGGCAGAAACCACAAGGCUGCUGCUGCUGCUUCUACUGCAUCUGAUUGCCUGUGGUCACUCUAGCAGCAUGAAAACAACAUUGGUCCUACUCUCGGCCCUGGCAUUUGCGACCAUAUUCGAUGCAGAAUGUGUGAAACAGAAGCAACAGGUUGACUGUAGUCAUUAUGAAAAGCUACCACCAGGAGAACAGAGAUUUUGUUAUGCAGUAUACGAACCUAUUUGUGGCACUGAUGGCAAAACUUAUACUAAUGAUUGCUUCUUCUGUUCCAAAGUUAAGGAAACUGACGACAAACUUCAAUUUGCACACUUUGGAAAGUGUUGAACUUCUUUUCUGAAUCCAAAAAUAUGUCUUACUGUAUCUAUUCACACAAGAUACAUGUCAUGUCUGAUACAAUCUAUUCAAUUUAAUUCUUGAAUAAA